CGAAAUUCACCCACAAUUCUCUCUUUGUUCAUAAUCUGGGUUUUUUAAUUUCAGCUCUGGAUUUGCAUUUUUAUAACCCUUUAUGCAAAGCAGUGUGUAUCGUGAUAAAGCUAGCUCGAUCGCGAUGAUCUUGGAAACUCAGAGGAAUGUUGAAUUCCCUCAUAGGAUCGUUGAUAAGCGUCCCAGGAAACGGCCUCGAUUGGCUUGGGAUGCUGCUGCGCCUCUUCUUCCUCCUCCUCCUCCACCCACGGUAUUUCAACCUCCGUUGUACUAUGGUCCCGAGUUUGCGAGUGGAGUCAUUCCCAAUUUUGUUUACCCAAACAUGUUCUAUAAUGGCCUUCCUCGUCAGGGCUCUCCUCCCUGGAGACCAGAUGAUAAAGACGGCCAUUAUGUCUUUGUUGUUGGAGAUACUUUGACUCCACGAUAUCAAAUUCUCAGCAAAAUGGGUGAAGGUACAUUUGGACAAGUAUUGGAAUGUUUUGAUAAUAAAAACAAAGAAGUCGUGGCAAUCAAAGUUAUACGGUCCAUAAGCAAGUAUCGUGAAGCUGCCAUGAUAGAAAUUGAUGUGUUGCAAAGGCUUACAAGGCAUGAUGUUGGUAGUUCUCGUUGUGUGCAAAUACGGAAUUGGUUUGACUAUCGUAAUCAUAUUUGUAUUGUAUUUGAGAAGCUUGGGCCAAGCUUAUAUGAUUUUCUCCGCAAAAACAGCUACCGAUCAUUUCCCAUUGACCUUGUUCGGGAGCUUGGCAGACAACUUUUGGAGUCUGUAGCAUAUAUGCAUGAUUUACGGCUGAUCCACACUGAUUUGAAGCCGGAGAACAUUCUUUUGGUAUCGUCUGAAUAUAUCAAAAUACCUGAUUAUAAGUUUCUGUCACGACCCACGAAAGAUGGGUCAUACUUCAAGAAUCUACCCAAGUCAAGUGCCAUCAAGCUCAUUGAUUUCGGAAGUACAACAUUUGAACAUCAAGACCAUAACUACAUUGUAUCCACUAGGCAUUACCGCGCACCAGAAGUUAUCUUAGGGGUUGGAUGGAACUAUCCAUGCGAUCUGUGGAGUAUUGGUUGCAUACUUGUUGAACUUUGUUCGGGAGAGGCGCUUUUCCAAACGCAUGAAAACUUGGAGCAUUUGGCCAUGAUGGAAAGGGUCUUGGGACCAUUACCACCUCAUAUGGUGCUCAGAGCCGACCGGCGCUCUGAAAAAUACUUCAGGCGAGGUGCAAAGUUAGACUGGCCUGAAGGUGCGACAUCAAGAGACAGCUUAAAAGCAGUUUGGAAACUUCCCCGGCUACCGAAUCUCAUAAUGCAGCAUGUGGAUCACUCAGCCGGUGAUCUGAUAGAUCUAUUACAAGGGCUGCUUCGAUAUGAUCCAACAGAGAGGUUAAAACGCAGCGUAAGGCCCAGCAAUGACCAAAACGCUGUCGUAGCAUGUGAAGCAAGGAGUGAAUAUUCGGAAUCGAAAGGCUUGCUUGAUCUUCUUCUUCACCUAUCUCUUUACUUGCUCAAGGUUUUUAGGGUUUAUCUAUCUCUUUCCGCAAUCAUGGAGUCUCUGGGGAAGCUACAGCUCCAUCACCAGCCAUUUCACCUUUCCUUCACUCACACCUCUUCUUCAUCGUUCCCGAAAAACCUCUUCAGGACCUCAAUUCGGCCAAUUUCAUCUUUCAAAUCCGCUUCAAUCAAAGCUUCGUCCUCCAGAUUUCAAGACUCUAUCACCCCUCUCCCAAAGUCCACACCUUUCCGUCUCUUGAAAUCCACAUGCAUCACUCUAACAACCGCCGCGGCGCUGCUUUUGGCGAAUAUCCACCUCAAAUCGCCGGCGAUUGCAGCUCCCGUCGCGCCUCCGCCGUCAGUUGAAAGCAAAGAAAACGUUACCUUGGAAGAAGAAGAGAGAGCGCUUGAUGAGCAUUUGAUAACUCACCCUUCUGAUGUCGACGCUCUUCGUUCCUUGAUGGAGGUAAAGAUCAGAUCUCGAAAGCUUACAGAAGCCGUAGAAGUGAUCGAUCGUCUGAUAAAACUGGAACCUGAAGAAAAGGAAUGGCCAGUUUUGAAAGCGAACAUCUUCACCUACAGUGGAGAUUUAGACUUAGCUAAAACUGGAUUUGAAGAGAUUCUGGCUAAAGAUCCGCUUCGUGUUGAAGCUUAUCACGGCUUGCUUAUGGCUUAUUCAGAUGCAGGUCUUGAUUUGAAAGAGGUAGAGAGUAGAAUUGAGGAAGCAAUGUUGAAGUGCAAAAAAGAGAAUAAUCACAACGAUUUUCGGGAUUUUAAGCUACUUGUGGCGCAGAUUCGGGUCAUUGAAGGAAAGCAUAGUGAAGCAUUGAAGCUUUAUCAAGAGCUUGUGAAGGAGGAACCAAGAGAUUUCAGGCCGUAUCUUUGUCAGGGAAUUAUAUACACAUUGUUGAAGAAGAAAGACAAGGCAGAAGAACAGUUUGAUAACUUUCGGAAACUUGUUCCAAAGAAUCAUCCUUAUAGAGAGUAUUUUAUGGAUAAUAUGAUAGCAACAAAGCUUUUUUCGGAGAAAGCGCAGCGUGAGAUGGCUGAGGAGAUGGCUGGAUCAAGUAGUUGAUGAGAAUAUGUAAUGUUUUUAGCAAAUCGUAAUGAGGUGAAGAAUUAUGCUUAGAAGACUUGAAAAAUGUGGUUUUGAUGAUUUUCUGUUGCAGGAUUUUCUUGAUCAUCUUAAGAUGUCUCUUUAGUUGGUUUACAUAAAAGUUCAUAAGUUGA